CGAUCACCGGCGAGUCUGCAAACCGAAGCCUGGAAAUCAAGAGUUUUGGGCAAAAACCAAGACUUUCACAGAAUAAGGGCACGGAGCGCGGGCUGCGCCAAUGUGUGAGAGCGGUCCCCGGAGGCUCUGCCUGUGUCUGGGCUGCCUAAUGCUGCUCCUCUCCCUGGGACUGGCCUGGACCUACAGAGAAGAUCUAGAAGCAGACAGGGAAAUUUGUUCGGAGAAUAAAAUCACCACCACCAAGUACCCGUGCCUGAAGUCGACGGGAGAGGUGACCACAUGCUUUAGGAAAAAAUGCUGCAAUGGAUACAAAUUUGUUCUUGGACAGUGCAUUCCAGAAGACUACGAUGUAUGUUCAGAAGCACCGUGCGAGCAACAAUGCACCGAUAACUUUGGACGUGUGCUGUGUACUUGUUACUCCGGAUACAAGUAUGACCGAGAGAGACACAGGAACAGAGAAAAGCCGUACUGUUUAGAUAUCGAUGAAUGUGCCGUCAAAAACGAGACUGUCUGCUCCCAGAUUUGUAUCAACACACCAGGAAGUUACAGAUGUGAGUGUCUGGAGGGAUAUGUCCUGGAAGAGGAUGGUAAAACUUGCACAAAAGGAUCUCAAGGAGAAUUUGAGAAAUCAAACAAUGUGAUGAAAGCCGGGGUCUGUUCUGACACGUGCAAGGAGUUCCAUCAGAUAAAGCAAACUGUUUUACAACUUAAACAAAAGUUAGCGCUGCUACCAAACAGCGUUUCUGAAUCAAGCAAACAAAUUACAGUCGACAAGGUGUUGGCCUCCACCAUGUAUGUUCAGGGACCACCGGGAUUACCAGGAGCACAAGGACCACCAGGAUUACCAGGUCCUAAAGGCAGUGCGGGUCAGCCUGGACCUCCUGGUCCCCCAGGUCCAAGAGGAUUCAUGGGACCAAUCGGACCUACUCCGGAUAUAUCUCACAUUAAACAAGGCAGAAGAGGGCCCGUGGGCCCAACGGGAGCACCAGGAAAGGACGGCGCAAAGGGUGACAGAGGACCUCCUGGUCCAAGAGGACUACCAGGUCCUCCAGGGUCCUUUGACUUCUUGCUUUUAAUGAUGGCCGACAUCCGGAACGACAUUGCGGAGCUGCAGGACAAAGUAUUCGGUCGUCGGACUCAUUCCUCGGCAGAAGAGUUCCCCUCGCCCCAAGAGUUUUCCAACCACCAUGAUACUUUGGACUUUGGUUCUGGGGAGGAUUAUAAACAAAGAACUGUAUCAAAAAACCUAAGAACAGACAAAAAAGGUCACCAUUAACUCCGAAGUGUUCAGAUGAAAAUAAUAUUUGUUUUUUUCAUUUUAUAAAAAAGAUGCACUGAUAAUGUAAAGAGUAUCUAUUUUUGACUUUUUUUGUUGAAUCUAUUGUUAAUAAUGUUAUUUGUAUUAUUCUAAUGCUUUUUUGUACAGAAGUGUACUCUUAAAAUGUGGGUAGACUUGGUGCAGUUAUAUAGACGACAUUCAACUCCCAUUAUAUUCUGCCAUGUAGAUCUGGCUGUACGUUGCCAUGUGGCAGAGGAUCAUGGGAUUUGUAGUUCAGCCACAGCUGGAGAGCUGCAUAUUGUCUACCUGUGCUCUAGGACCGAUAGUAUACAUGGGUGGGAACUGGAGAUUAUAUGGCUUCUUGUUUCAUUUGGAUAGUGCAGUCACAUUUCUUUCACUUAUAAAACUGUACAAAAACAGUGGAAGAGACUGUCUGGAGUCAGAAACUGCACUAGAAUCUCAAUGUAUAAAAUAGGGAUGUCGGGUUUGGCCUUGUGGACCAUAAUCUUGCCAGAAUUAUUUAUUUUGAAUAUAUUAUACCAUAAAGAAUACAUUGAGCAUUUACAAACACAGCAAUACAACCGCAAGGUUACAUAUGUAAAACAAUGAAAAUACAAAGGAAUUAAGUCAAAUUAAACAUUAAAGGAGGUGGCAUUUUGAUUCAAAAUACAUUUUUUUAACAUUCUAAUUAAUAUGUAAUCCAGAGAUUAAAGAGGUUGUAUGUGUGCUAUUUCAUGUGCCCUUAUGUUUGCUGGUGGGUCAUAAUGUUAAAAUUUGGGAGAUGCAUUUUCUGUGCCUGUUUUCACCAGCAGGUGGCGCUGUCUGGAUGUUAGUCCUAGCCACGGCAGUAGGACCUCCAGGUCUCUAUGGUAAAGGAGGUAGAAGCACAAAAGGGUUUAUCUCUACCGUCUAUCUAAACAAUAAUAGCGACAACUAUCAGAAACCAUCAUGAAUAUCGUUGUUGUUUCAGUAUUUCGGUUGUUUUGCCUUUUGUGUUAGAGAAAAAAAUAAAAAGCUCAAUUACCAAAUUGAAUUACCCAAAAAUAUAAGUGCACAUAAAACAACAGUCACAUUGUAAGACUGCUUCAAGAUGGUCGUCUUAAUAAAUUCUCCAAUUGCUUCAAUGACCUCCCCAAGCUGGCCAACUUCCUCUGUAUUAUUAUACAAUAGUGUUAAUUAUGUCCUAAAAGAUCCACGUGUGGCC